CUUUCACGAGCCGCCGCCAGAGGUCACCCAACGACCAAAGCAGUAGCCGCCCUCCUUGCUGGCAGCCGAGCGGUGGGUCUUGGAGCAUUUGGAACACCAAAUCACAAUCGAAGGCGUCUGAUUCAGAGCUGGCCGGUCUUCAUUAUCGUCCGAGAAUAACAAGCUUUUCAACAUCAUGAAGUGACUUAUUCUCCGAGAUGCAACCUCUCGCUCCUGCCCCCGUGCAUGCUCCUCCUGAAAACUCGCUGUUGCUACUGACUCGUUGCAUCGGAUGCCAGAGUCACAAGAGAGUUGCAUUUUUACACUCAGGUCAGCAAACAACUCCACGUCACAACAGUGCCGUUGGUGCCAUGGGGACCCUGCGUCAGGUCUCGGGGGAGGAGGAGCUCGAGGCUCUCAGGGACAAGAUGACCCAAUACCUUCCUUACUCUGCUGGGAUCCACGGCUUCAUCGAGAUGAUGCUCAAGUGCCAAUUGCAACAGAUACUUGACGUUAAGGUGUACAUCCCCGAUGCCCCUCAGCCUUCGUCCCUCGCUCUAGUCACACCCUCUUGUUCACAACCAAACAUACAGAGUGUGACGAUUUUCUGGAAUACAGAGGAGGAGGAAGACGAAGAUGUUGUAAGAAUGCUGAAGACACUGCCUCACUGGGAGUGGUUUGCUCCUAUUUACUUUAAAUUUUGUCCUACAGCCGUUUACAAUAAGUUACAACAAUUCAGGGCGGAUGGAACGCUUACGACUAGACAUAUGUGGUGUUACAAGAUAAUUCAUGGACAUCUUUUCGCAAUGGAUAGCCCAGAUAUUCCGCAUUUCAUAAUUCCUGAAGGAUUUUCGAUCGACAGUCUCCAACCUGAGGACAUACCGACCAUCGUCUCACAAUGGGAAAGCAGACGGCUUGAGACCCAUGGAGGCCUGGAGUCCCUUGUGGCCAAGCUGCCGUCCGUGGCCAUCCGCAGUUACCAGGCAGACGACAACAAUGAUCAUACCCCAACGGAUGCGACCAGAAGCUCUCUCGUCGCCUGGAGCUUCCUUUAUCACAUCGGUAUACUGGCCAACAUCUUCACCAUGCCCGAGCACCGGCGGAGCGGGUUGGGAAGGGCAGUGGCGCUCACCAUGGUCGAGAAGCUCCGUCAGAAGAACCUGCCGGUGCGCUCGGUCGUGGACGGCUCCAACGGCGUCUCCAUCAGCUAUCACCAAAAACUGGGUUUCAAGAAGCAGUGAGACGUGAAAAUAUUCCUUAUGUUGCCUGUUGGAAAAACGAUGGAGGAUUAUAUGCAUGUAAUACGGUUCAGUAAAUAAUACUUCAAAUAAUCAGUGUGAGAUUCUUCAACAAAUUACAUAUCAAAUAAUACAGUGAAUUGUCACAGCAAUGGAAACCACGAAUCAGGAAAAUGAACGAGGCAUAUAUAUGCUUCCAAAGACUUGAUUUGUUUCCUCCUGCAUUAACCCCUCUGAUUGCAGGAAACUCGAUAGGAAGUUCGUGAAAACAGGAUUCACAAUAACCUCUCAGCUCUUUGAAUUAAUUCAGAAUGUUACAUUCUGUUUUCCUCAAAUUCUGCAACGACAUUGCUUGAUGAUUUGAAAACAAUGUUAUUUACUGCUGCUAUCAAAGAUAACACUUGUAGGUGUAUCUAAAUAGGAAGGAAAAGGAGGAAUAUUGAAAGAAAACUUUAUUUUUGCAAAAAGGCCAUUAGUUCAACUGCAGGUUGAAAAAACAUACUUCUCUGUCAUAAACAGGAUUUAUAUUUGUUUGUGAUAUGUCUAAAAUAUGUGGUAUGUACAACGUAUAAUGGGUAUAUAAUAAAACUGAACAUUUAAUUCCAGAUCAAUUUAACUCACUAUUAUAAAGUCAAGGUAGUCGCCACCAGGAAUUGCUAUUCAAUAACAAUGUUUAACUUCGGAGACAUAUCAGUAUCAAAUAUAAAAAAUAUAAAAUAUAACAAAAUUGUCUUAAAUAUAAAAAAGGUGCACUGGUUAAAUCACUGCAUAAUUACAUUGUGUUAUUGACAAACAUUCUGGAUAACCAGAGAACUACAA